UGGCGUCGCGUGAGGAACCUGAAUACCACCAUGAAGCUGCUGUUUGUAGUCACAUUAUUAUGGCGCGAGGCGUUGUGCGGAUCUCCGAGCGUCCAAAUCGGUGGUUUAUUCCCCAGGGGUGCAGAUCAGGAGUACAGUGCAUUCAGAGUUGGCAUGGUUCAGUUUGGGAUGACAGAUUUCAGACUGACUCCACACAUAGAUAACCUGGAAGUGGCCAACAGCUUUGCUGUCACCAACUGCUUUUGUUCACAGUUCUCUCGAGGUGUCUACGCCAUUUUUGGUUUUUACGACAAGAAGUCAGUGAACACCAUCACAUCCUUCUGUGAGACGCUUCAUGUCUCUUUCAUCACACCUUCGUUCCCGGCAGAGGGAAUGAAUCAGUUUGUUCUCCAGAUGAGGCCGGACAUCAAAGGACCGCUAGUUUCAUUAGUGGAGUACUACAAAUGGGAGAAGUUUGCCUAUUUGUACGACAGUGAUAGAGGUCUUUCUACUCUUCAGGUGAUUCUGGACACUGCAGCAGAGAAAAAAUGGGUUGUCACAGCAAUAAAUGUGGGAAACUUGAAAGAUGAGAGGAAGGACGAAGCCUACCGCUCCCUAUUUCAGGACCUGGAAAUCCGUAAGGAGAGACGCAUCAUCCUAGACUGUGAACAAGACAAAGUCAAAGACAUCAUGGAACAGGUGAUCACUAUUGGCAGGCACGUGAAGGGAUACCACUACAUCAUUGCUAACUUGGGUUUUGUUGAUGGUGACCUCUCAAAAAUCCAGUAUGGAGGAGCAAAUGUGUCUGGGUUUCAGCUGGUAGACUUUGAUGAUCCUGUGGUGGCAAAAUUUGACCAACGAUGGGAGGCUCUGGAGGAAAAGGAAUAUCCUGGAGCUGAUACACGGAUCAGGUAUACGUCAGCCCUUACAUAUGAUGCUGUCCACGUGAUGACUGAGGCGUUUCGCUUCCUUCACAAACAGAGGAUAGACAUGAGUCGUCGUGGCAACAGUGGGGACUGUCUGGCCAAUCCAGCAGUGCCCUGGGCCCAAGGGGUGGAGAUUGAACGUGCCCUCAAACAGGUGCGUGUAGAUGGUUUAACAGGGAACAUUCAGUUUGACCAGUACGGGAAGAGAGUCAACUACUCAGUGACAGUCAUGGAGCUGAAGAACAACGGACCUGUUAAGAUUGGCUAUUGGAAUGAAGUGGAUAAGAUGGUGGUGACAAAGUCAGACCUUUACCCUAACGACACCAUGGGAAUGGAGAACAAGACGGUCAUCGUUACAACUAUACUGGAAGCCCCCUAUGUGAUGCUCAAGAAGAAUGCUGAGCUGUUUCAAGACAAUGACCGUUAUGAAGGUUACUGUGUUGACCUGGCUGCGGAGAUAGCAAAGCACUGUGCUAUACGCUACCAGCUCAGGAUUGUGGGAGAUGGCAAAUAUGGAGCAAGAGAUGCAGAAACCAAGAUCUGGAAUGGGAUGGUUGGAGAGCUGGUGUAUGGGAAAGCAGAUAUAGCAGUUGCUCCCUUGACAAUCACUCUUGUUCGUGAAGAGGUGAUCGAUUUCUCCAAACCCUUCAUGUCUUUGGGAAUUUCCAUCAUGAUCAAAAAGCCACAGAAAUCCAAACCUGGAGUGUUCUCCUUUCUGGACCCACUGGCUUAUGAAAUCUGGAUGUGCAUUGUAUUUGCCUAUAUAGGCGUCAGUGUUGUACUCUUUCUGGUAUCCAGGUUCAGCCCUUAUGAGUGGACGCUGGAGGAGCCAGAGGAUGGAGCGUUGCCACUGACCACAGAAUCCACCAAUGAGUUUGGGAUCUUUAACUCUCUUUGGUUCUCUUUGGGUGCUUUCAUGCGGCAGGGUUGUGAUAUCUCACCAAGGUCUCUGUCAGGUCGCAUAGUGGGAGGUGUGUGGUGGUUUUUCACUUUGAUCAUCAUAUCAUCGUACACUGCUAACCUGGCUGCCUUCCUGACGGUGGAGAGAAUGGUCUCUCCUAUUGAAAGUGCUGAAGACCUGGCUAAACAGACAGAGAUAGCAUAUGGAACACUGGACUCUGGAUCCACCAAGGAGUUCUUCAGGCGCUCUAAAAUUGCCUUGUUUGACAAGAUGUGGCAGUACAUGAAAUCAGCAGAGCCUUCUGUGUUCGUCAAGAAAACAUCAGAGGGUGUCCUGCGUGUCAGGAAGUCUAAAGGGAAGUACGCCUACCUGCUGGAGUCUACCAUGAACGAGUACAUCGAGCAGAGGAAACCCUGUGACACCAUGAAAGUGGGAGGAAACCUGGACUCCAAAGGCUACGGCAUUGCCACGCCAAAAGGAUCCCCAUUAAGAAAUGCGGUGAACCUGGCGGUGUUAAAGUUGAACGAGCAGGGGCUGCUGGACAAACUGAAAAACAAGUGGUGGUAUGACAAGGGAGAAUGCGGCAGCGGAGGAGGGGAGAGCAAGGAGAAGACCAGUGCUCUGUCUCUCAGUAACGUAGCAGGAGUCUUUUACAUCCUGGUUGGAGGUCUGGGUCUGGCCAUGAUGGUAGCACUGGUAGAAUUUUGCUACAAGAGCCAUGCUGAAGCCAAAAAAAUGAAGGUGGCAGCCAACACCUUGUCGUCCCCCCAGCACACAGGAAACUACACACACACUCUGUCCUCUCCUCAACAUGCCCCCAACUUCAACCUGCUGUCCCCCAGCCACCAGCCAAACUACGCCACCUAUAAAGAGGGCUACAACGUUUACGGCAUUGAGAGCGUCAAGAUCUAA